CCAUAUCUCGACUUGACACUUUUAAUGUUGAUAUAAAUGCAGUGUGGGUGAUGGUGAUAGUCGGUUAUCUCCGAACAACGGUACGGUGUUUUAAGUUCACCUGCAUCGUGCCAUCUUUAUGUGUCACUAAAUCAUGAAAUAGAUGUAACAUCUAAUAUAACGCAGCUCAAAGGUUCCAUAGUUUCUACUGUUAAUGGUUACUACUACUAAAUUGUGGUUGCUACGUAGAACAAAAACCGGACCAUUUUUCUCGAAGAGUUCUUGAGUUCUGUGGCAGAGUGUGACACAACAUCGGAUUCCUUUUGAGCAGGUGUAUCUUCAAAAGCAAUCAGCAGGGAGUGAAUGCUUGAUCGUUGACCCAAUCAGAAUGGAGACUUACCAGGAAAAUGGAUUACUGCACGAAAUGUUCAUGCGUCAGGCGGCACGGACCCCGGAAGUGGUGGCCGUCGUGGAGGCAUCGGGCCGCCAGGUGACGUUCGGAGAGCUAGAUCGCCAGACAAACGCCCUCGCUCACCACCUGCAGGCGCUCGGCGUGCGACCGGACACGUGCGUCGGUAUCUAUAUGGACAAGUGUAUCGAAUACGUGGUGGCGUACAUCGGCAUCCUGCGGGCAGGCGGCGCUUACAUGCCGCUAGACAUCUCCUACCCGGAAGUUCUUCUGAAGGACAUACUUGCAGAUGCCCAGCCAGUGGCCGUGCUUACAGAGGGCGGACUUAUAGACAAACUGGAAGGCACGAAGAACGUGUUGGUAAUGGGCCCAGGUUGGGAGAAAGGCCCACUGAAGACCCCACAACAGGACAUAGCCGCGCCCACACUGGACAAUCUCGCGUACAUCGUCUACUCCUCGGGAACUACCGGCAAACCAAAAGGUAUCCGUUGCCCGCACCGAGGGGCGGUAUUCUCGUACACAGCCCGUCACGUGUUCUACCCAUACGGAGAGGAGGAGAGGGAGGCGUGUAACGUAUUCUUCGUCUGGGAGAUGCUUAGGCCUCUUAUCAAAGGAGUGCCCCUGUACAUAAUCCCAAGCACUGUGAUCUACGACCCGCCCCUACUGUGCAAGUUCCUCUGUAAUAACAAGAUAACCCGGAUGUUGUUCACGCCGUCCCUGCUCGAGGCCGUCCUGAACACACCAGACCUUGAUCUUCAAACAUUGCUCCUACAUAUGAGGACAAUUAUAUUUUGCGGUGAGGUGGUGACGACAUCACUGUUCGCCAAAUGCCUGAAACUUUUACCAUGGAUACAGUUCGUGAAUCUGUACAGCGUCUCCGAGUGCCACGACGUCUGUUACGAGGAUCUUAAUAAAUACUUCGCCGAUAACAAGGAUGCCAUUGUUGCCCGGAAGUUCUGUCCGGUGGGUCGAGUAAUUCCACAGGUUAAUGUUGUCAUCUUGGACGCCGACCUCAACCCGCAGGCGGUCGGCAGCUCAGGCGAGAUCUACGUCGGCGGCCCAACCCUCGCCUUAGGGUACCUGAACCGACCGGAAAUCCAAGCGAAGCGGUUCAUUCCCCGGCCAGCCAGCGUCCCGGAAACGUGUGGGUCGACACUGUACCGCAGCGGCGACUGGGGCUACAUGCUGUCUGACGGAAGCCUUGAAAUCUGUGGCCGCUGUGACUCCAUGGUGAAAGUCAGAGGAUACUCAAUCGAGAUCCAGGCAGUUGAGGCAGCUCUGAUGGAACUACCAAUGGUGCACAGCUGCGUUGUUUUGGUAAAAGGAGCAGAAGGAGAAGACAAGUUUCUGGUCGCCUACAUCGUGCCAUCACAGGAGACCAACCGGAAACUAGUCAGGGAUGCGCUCAAAAAGCGACUCCCAUUCUACAUGAUACCCUCCUACUUUAUGUUCCUAUCAAAAAUUCCAGUGGUCGCUGCGACGGGUAAACUGGACAAAGCUGCGUUACCACCCUACGAUGCACAGACGGUCACUGACGUCAUCAAUGAAGGACGACCGACAACAGAGACUGAGGUUGCCAUGGCAGCCGUCUGGUGCAAGGUGCUCCAACUGAAGGAAGCAGACAUACACGAGGGCUUCUUUGACCUUGGAGGACAUUCGCUGCUUGUGGCGGAGCUUAUCAACAAACUCACGGCGCUGUUUGACGUUAAGUUGAACGUGGAGGACCUGUUCACGUGCCCGACCGUAGCGCGCCUCAGUCAGCUCGUGGACGCCAGAAAGGGCCGCACGGAGCAGCCGAAAACUUCCGUCGCGGAGUCAGUCGACCUUAUGGCAGAGGUGGAGCGACAUGACUACAUGAUCGUUAAUAUUGACAUGCAGCUGCGCGCGUUCUGGCGGAUGUUCGCGGUUUACCAGGAGCGGCGGUUUGAAAAGGGUCGUGUCCUCCUGACCGGGGCUACAGGGUUUUUGGGAGCCUUUCUUCUCAAGGAACUACUAACACAAACCAAGGUGUUUGUGUUUUGUGUGUGUCGUGAGUGGCCGGACGCCACCCCGGCCGACCGGCUGCGCCAGACCCUCGUGAAAUUCGGCAUUCUCGCACCAGAAGGGAACACCGGGACGCCUGAACAACAGGAAAUGGAGCGACUGGUUUCAAAACGGGUGAUGCCUAUGAAAGGUGACGUAGCGCUCGUGCACCUGGGCUUAUCGGACGAGGACUACACGUACAUGAGCUCAGACGUCGACCUCGUCGUUCACGCCGCCGCCAGCGUCAAUCUCGUAUAUCCAUACACGGCUUUGGUUGGGCCGAACGUGCAUGGCACAGCGAACGUCAUCAAGUUUGCCUGUGCAGGGAAAAUCAAACCCAUACACUACAUCAGCACAGAUGCUGUUUUCCCUGGAGGAAUGACCAUGUGCAGCGAGGAAGACGACGCCCUCGGAUACGCUGGCCGCCUCGAAGAUGGCUACUCGAGGAGCAAGUGGGUCGCUGAGCAGCUCGUGCGCCGCGCCAUGCAGCGAGGCCUCCCCGCCACCAUUUACCGCCUAGGCAAUAUGUCUGGUGACCGCAAGCAAGCAUUCUGGAACCCACAGGAUUUUACACUGCUUAUGUUACAAGCGUCUAUAAGACUCGGGCUUGCACCGGAUGUGGACUGGGAUAUGGAGAUGACGCCCGUCGACUUCGCAGCUGAGUUUGUAGUCGCUAUGACCAAAAGGUCGGGACUUAGCUUGGGGAAGACCUUUCAUAUAAUCAACGACAAACCGCUCAAGUCAAGAUUGGUGUUCGAGUGGAUGAAUGCGCACGGCUACCCUAUUCAGUUUGCGACAUUUCAUUCUUGGAGACAGAGAGCUUUAGAGGAAUUCGGUACAGAAAAUAAAGACAGUCUUCUACGCAGAGUAAUAGAAUCAUAUAUAACCAACGCUGCAUUUUUCUCCAACUUAAGUUCAUACACGGCCGACACCCUUCACAAAACCACCUCACAAAUUGGCCUGUCCUUUCCCUACUUGGACUGUGAACUUCUGGCCGUCUACUUCAAGCAUCUUAGUUCCAGAGGGAUUAUUCAGAGAACUCGACAGAGUUCAACCAUAGGGAAGAGCCUGGAUGGCAAAGUGGCUAUUGUCACUGGCGCGUCCAGUGGUAUUGGUAAAGCUAUUGCCACGGCGAUGGCUGCAGCGGGGGCUAAGGUUUCUAUGGCGGCCAGACGGACAGACAGGCUGCAGGAAGUGGAGACAGCGAUCGCAAACAAAGGGGGCGUGGCAAUAUCAGUCAAAACGGACGUAACAAAUAGGGAAAAUGUCAAGGAGCUGUUGAGGCACACUGAGGCGACACUGGGGCCGGUAGACAUUCUGGUGAACAAUGCGGGCACCAUGUACUACACCAUGAUGAAGAAUCUACAUGAAGAUGAGUGGGACACACAGAUUGACGUCAACAUCAAGGGUUUAACGAACUGCAUUGGCGCUGUGCUAAGCGGAAUGAUCCAGCGACAAACAGGACACAUCAUUAACAUGUCGUCAGAUGCGGGGAGAAGGGGUUUCCCGGGCCUAGCAGUGUACUCGGGGACGAAGUUCUACGUGGAGGGGCUGUCCCAGGCCCUGAGGCACGAAAUGUCAGGGUCAGGGGUAAGGGUCACGUGUAUACAGCCUGGGGACGUGAAAACAGAACUUCUCCAACAUAACUCGGACACAGAGGCACAGGAUCAGUUUGACGGAAGCAAAAAGUGUAAAAUCCUGGAGCCUGAAGAUAUAGCGAGGGCCGUGGUGUAUGCCGCCUCCCAGCCAGCUCACGUCGGCGUCAACGAAAUCCUUAUAGAACCCAGGGAAGCUCCGAUAUGAACACAGGGACAAUCUGAUUAAAGCCCAGGGAGGCGUAAAUUUAUGAAUGGAGAUAUUUACUGUGACAGCUGAAAUUGAUUUAAAAGACUAAUAUAUGUAUCUGGCUAACACGCCAGGAAGGGAACAGUCAUAUAAUAAAACAGAUCGAUGUAUAAUUAUUAUGAAAGAAACAUUAUAAACUGGGGAAGUGAACGCAAGAAAACUAGAUUUUUUCAAAAAUUGUGUUUGAGUGUUUAUUCAAAAUAAAAUAGAUGUCUGUACCAUAAAAUGUAUAUGGUACUCAUGAUGUCUCAUGCAAUA